UUCUUCUCCCCUUUUCAUGCUCUUCUUGUUCCUUAUAUUCUUCUUGUUCUUCCUUUACUUCUUGUUCUUCUUAUUCUUACUCUUCUUGUUCUUCAUACUAUUCAUAUUCUUCUAGUUCUUCUUACUUUUCAUGCUCUACUUGUUCUUUAUAUACUUCUCUUUCUUAAUAUUCUUGUUCUUCUUAAUAUUCAUGUUCUUCUUUCUCGAAAACAUCUGCCCCCGUUACCGAACCUGCCCAACCUGGUCAAUUCCGUCGUUAGGUCCGGUCGAGUUGACAACUGCUCCGCCACGGCCAGCCUCCCUGUUCGAGCGACCUGCAGGCAGAAGAGAACAAAGCCGAGGCAGAGCGGUCUCGGAGGCUCCGAGGCAGGCACACUUGCAGACAUUCCGCAGCAGUUGCUAGUCUCCCACCGCCGAGAUCAUUUGCUCCGCCCCUCCCUCACUCCAAAGUACGCAUCCACAUACACACAUAUGCAUACACACACCAACAACAGGACUGACAAACCGACAAACCAACGGCCACCAAGGCACUCGGUCGCCCAGUCGACCGGCGUUUCAGAAGCUCUAAGCAACCGACGACUCAGUAACCCGGUCGUCCAGUCGCCCAACCACUUGACCGCCCACACGGACGCGCCAUUUUCGGUUGUUUUGGUUAAUUCGAUAGGCUCGAUUAAAACUCCCACGGACAGGUUGGUAGUGGACGCUUUUCUGUUCCCCCUCUGCGGUGCCUCGGCGACCACCUCCCCGUGUCGCUAUGCCGCCGAGUGGGCGUCAGGCUGCGGGGCUCGGGCUCAGGUCGGGCAACUGGGCACGUCGAGUUGGGGGCAUAAAAGUUGCCAAGUCAAAGUGACCGUUGACCACCGCAAGAGAUAA